CUUAAGGAGCCUUGCAUGGAAUAAAUAAGAUUUGUUUUCUGUGGCUGUCAUUAGGGUUGGCUGGAAAGGAUUAUCGUGGAUGACUCAAAGCAGAUGUUCUCCAGUAAACUUUCGAGUGAAUGACUCUGUGUGCCAGUCAGUGCUCUCAACGUGGGAGCAGCAAGGGGGAAUUUGGAAUGCUGCAUCAAUUACUUAUCAAUUACUUAUCAAUUCCUUUGAGCUGUUUGCUGCCAGCUCCUAAGUGGGGGUCCUGGAAGUUGUUUUGGGGGUUGCAGUGUGAGCAAACAAAGGCACACAGAAACUAAAAUGCAAGCUCCUGAGACACUGAUGUGCAGUGUCCAAAGGGAGCAGGGCUGCUGAAUUCCAUCCUGCUCUGCUCCAUGCACUUCACCUGCCUGUUCUGUUCCCAGUAACCAUCUUCAGUAGCUCUUUGUGUUAAUAAAUUAUCAUUUCUGCUGCUGCUCAAAGCAGGGUGGUGUCCUGGCAGGUUUGGUAACAUUGAUGUCAGGCUGGUUAUGUGAUAAGGCACGAAUUUUACUGUAGCUGUUGGUUUAAGGUGAAGAUGAUGUGCAGGAUGGCUGUGCUGCUGACACUUGAGGUGUUUUGGGAGGUCCUUUUGUUUCCAUCACUGUGUUUAACUGCACUACAAGCAAUUUCAUAGUCUGUCUUGUUUUAAAAUAGGCAAAUAUGAUUUUUACUAUAAGCUUCUCUUCAUGCUGUUUUGGAUGAAACAUCCUGAGAAAGCUAGACAAGGGGAAGUGGGGAGAAGUUGUUGAAUGUGCUUGAACGUUUUAUAUAUUUAUUUUCAAAGAAUGAAGCUUCCCUACAGGUCAAAGAAAAAGGGAAAAUGAGAGGAGCUGCUGGCAGUGGUGUGGAGAGUGAGAUGUUCAUGCUCUGCUCAGCAGUGACAGCUCGUUCUCAAUUGGUUACAAAUGUGUAAGGAAUCCAAAAUGGGUGGUUUGUGUUCCAGCAGGAGCUGAGGGUGCAAGGCCACUUUCACUGUCCUUAAUUGGCACCAUGUGUCCUCCAGAGCAGGGAGGGAAGUCACAGCCUGCCAGCCCUGCUGGAGGUGGUUUAGCAUUUGGGACAUGCACUGGUCUGUGUUUGGGGGUAUUGAACAGAGGCAAAGCUGUGACUGGAAAUUCCCUGAGCUCUUUCACCUUUCUGUAGGUGUGUGUGCACAUGAACGUAUCACUUUCCCCAUCUUGACUUCUGAUAGGCCAAUGACCCUAUUUUUGUCAUCAGUUCUUCAUUUAGAUAAUGAAUAUUUGGGGAUUACCAGUAACUGCAAAAAAUAAUUGUAGCAGUUAAUGGUGUGUGCAACAGAGCCUUUGUCACCCUGGUAAUUCAUAGUCUAAAAUAUGUGUUGGGAAGGAGAGCAUCGUGUUUUGCAAGUUUAAAAAUAUUUGUCUGGAAACUCCCAGAAUUGAGCUUUAACUACUCUAAGGGCUCUGGUUCUAAAAACUGAAAAAAACAACCUUGAUGUUGGGUAUUGCCUAAACUGUGGUGCUAAACUCUCCUUCCUGGGCACUGAGGCAGGGCACGGGUAGAAACAUGGAAGAAAGUCAGUGCACUGAAGUGAAAUAAUAAGAACUAAAAUAUGUCAGAAUAGGUGUUCUUGCUGCUCUAAAGGUUAAGCAGAGUUUUACCAGGCCUGACCUCGUGGUAGGGCUUUAAAUAUCUGCAGGCUGAAGAAAGAACCAGGACAAAUCAAUUCAUCUUUGGCCUGGAGUUGGUUUUACACCCUGUAGGAGUUAGAAUCAUUCAAAGCCUGCAUGAACUUGGGCAUCAAAAAAUCAGGACGAGUGUUUUAUCACUGACAGCAUUACCCAGGUUCCUCCAGCACUGAACAGUCCUGCAGGGAUGAACAAAACAUGGGCUGAGCCCAAGGUUUUGUACAGGGAAGAGACUUCAGCUCCUGGUGCUCCUGUGGUAUCUUAGUGCAGGGGUAGAACUGGUUGGAAAAGGCAAUUCUCACCCAAGUCAGUGUGUUUAAAAGGAGGGGUCGUGCAGGGGAGUGUGUGGCUGGGAGGGCAGAGCUGCCUGGUGAUGAUGAUGAUGCUCCUGAUGAGGUUUCAGGAUGAUGUGGGAUCCCUGCAGAGGUUCUUGCUGAGAGAUUUUUCUCACAUGCACUUCACAUCCACUUGAGUCACAAAUGCAAUUAAGCAAUAAAUGAGACUGUGAUUCAAGUUUUCCUUUGCUUAUCUUUUAAAUCUAUCUCCAAAGGUGAAUUAGAAAUUCCAUGUUUCAGCUCUCUUAACGUCAGGUGAUGGAAACAAGGAUCUUUCUGUAGGUUCAUAAACUCCUUUGGAUUGGAAAAGCUCUCCAAGACUGAGUCCAACCCAGCACUGCCCUGUUCACCUCUAUACUAAGUUCCUAAACCAUGUAGUGUGUGGUUUCUCAUGGAAACCACUAAAAUCACACAUGUGCUGAGCAUGUGCAGGAUGUACAGCUGUGCUGGGGGUGCUCUGCAGCCCAUCAGAGAACCUGAUCCUCACUUUUUCAGUGCAUGUGGAUUUGUGCAAUUCCUCCUCCCCAAGCACAUCCACCACCAGCAAGGGGUGGUGGAGGAGCUGAGGCUGGGACUGAUGGUCUGGGGACACCUGCUGGGCACAGCCCCGGCCUGAAGGAGGGACCUGCAGGCUGAGAUCCUGUGUGCAGUGCAGGAAGUGAAACUGAGAAUGAAACUGCAGAGCAGUGCCUUGGGCCAAUCUGCAGUGGGGCCUGAGGAUUCAACUCCACAUUUCCCAUUGCUCCUGCUCCACUUGGCUCUCGUUAGGCUGUGCACAGUUAAUUGAUGCUUUGCAGAGGGGUCUCAGAACUUUGUUACUCAGUCACAGCAGUUUUAUUGCCACUGUUUCCUUGGGUUUUACAUAAGAGUGUGUUUGUUACAGCUCCUGCAGUUUCCAACUAGGUCAGUAAAAGUGUCCUUGUCCCUAUUCCUUGAACAAUCAGCUCCCUAAAGCCAGACAGUCUGAUAGCAGUUUGUGAUUAAUGCUUCCAGCAAUUAUAAAGUGGAAGGUCUUAAAUUACAUUUGUUAACUAAGACCAGUACAUGAAACAUGAAGUGACUUUGUCUUCCUUGUUGCAGAUCCAUAACAUGGUGGCAGUGCUGGAAGUGAUCUCCAGCCUGGAGAAAUAUCCCAUUACCAAAGAGGCACUUGAGGAAACCAGACUCGGGAGGCUCAUCAAUGAGGUGAGGAAGAAGACAUCCAAUGAGGAACUUGCCAAACGUGCCAAGAAAUUGUUGCGGAAUUGGCAGAAGUUGAUAGAACCCGUAACCCAGAACGAGCCAGUGCCAAGGGGGCUGCCCAACCCGCCAGGAUCAGCAAAUGGAGGUGCCCACAACUGCAAACCAGACUCACAGCUCCCUGCUCUUCCCGGCGCCAAGCCCAUCAGCGAACUGAAAAGCAGGAAUGAUAUCCAGAAACUAAAUUCUCCAAAAACAGAGAAACUGGGAAAUAGGAAAAGGAAAGGUGAUCACAGGGAUGGGCAUCAGGGCCCUCCUCCCCCAAAGGUCUCCAAAGCUAGUCAUGAAGUAUUACAAAACUCUUCACCCCCUCCAACCAAUGGAAUUGGAGGUAGUCCUGAAAAUUUUCCCAGUCCUGUAGACAUAAACCUACACGCAGGGCCCGAAAGCAGCAGGACAGAUCUCAGUGAAAACGAUAAACACAAUAAGAUCCCAGUAAACGCUGUAAAACCUCACACCAGUUCUCCAGGACUUGUAAAACCUUCAAGCACUUCCUCGUUACUAAAGACUGCAGUGCUUCAGCAGCAUGAUAAAUCAGAAGAGGCCACAGGCCCCCACCAGCCCAAGAGCCCACGCUGCUCCUCCUUUAGCCCCAGGAACGUCAGGCACGACACUUUUGCUCGGCAGCACAGCACGUACUCACCAAAGGAUUCCAUGCCCAGUCCAUCUCAGAGGCCUCAGCUCGCGGACGCCGCGCAGGUGCCGUCGCCGCCGCCCUCCCUGAUGCAGCCAUCCUCACCUCCCCUGCCGGCCAAGAGACUCGAGUUCCCUCCUCAGGCGGCCCCCGAGGCGCAGCAGCACUGGCAGGAGCAGCAGGGAGCCCCCGAGGGCCAGCACAGGCACACAGCAGGGACACUUCAGCAGCACACGGCUCCCGGCUGCAAAGGCCACCCCGGGGAAUCACAGCUGGGCUUCCCACAGGACACUUCCAGGAUGGACAGUGAUGAUGCUGCUUCAGGGUCUGAUAGCAAAAAGAAGAAAAGGUACCGACCCAGAGACUAUACAGUCAACUUGGAUGGGCACGAGACAGAUGGGGGUGUGAAACCUGUGAGGUUAAAAGAGAGAAAACUCACUUUUGAUCCCAUGACAGGACAGAUAAAACCUUUAACACCGAAAGAUCCUUUGCAGGUAGAAAGCCCUGCACUUACUGAACAGCACAGGACAGAAACGGAAAAGCAGGAGCAAAAACCCAACCUGCAAAGCCCCUUUGAACAAACGAACUGGAAAGAGUUGUCCAGAAAUGAAAUCAUUCAGUCAUAUUUAAACAGACAGAGUAGCUUGCUGUCUUCAUCAGGAGUACAGACUCCAGGAGCUCACUACUUCAUGUCUGAGUAUUUAAAGCAGGAGGAAAGCACUAGAAAAGAGGCUAGAAAGACUCACGUUCUAGCUCCUAACAGCAAACCUACAGACUUGCCUGGGGUCACCAGGGAGGUCACGGGCGAUGACCUCGACAGAAUACGUGACCACAAGUGGCCAGGCGUGAACGGUUGUUUUGACACACAGGGUAACUGGUAUGAUUGGACACAGUGCAUAUCCUUAGAUCCACACGGGGAUGAUGGGAGAUUGAACAUCCUGCCUUACGUCUGCCUAGACUGAGAGCAGUUCUGCUAAGCACGCUUUUCCCACCUGCAGUUAGCAGAACUGGCAGACACGAUGCCACUUCCAGCUGGAGAGAGCCUCCUGUCCUGGACAAACGGGCCCCACGAGCAGAGGGGGGGAGGGAGCUGGGCCUUUCCAGCUCGUUCCUUUAAAUUCUCCUUUUGUGAAAUGCUGCUACCAGUUUACUAACAAUUGCAAAGGAAGGCAUACGAAGGUUGAUCAGUUGAGUUUAAAACUCUAUAGCGAGCCAGCUAUAAAAAGUGUUAGUCCCCAAGAAGUGAAGAGGAUUUCCAGCACUUUCUGAAUGCCGGAAUCUUAUUACAGGCAGGUACAGAGAAAAAAUUGUGGAAGUUACCUUAACAAAAUAUGCAUCUAUUUAUUUGACUUGAUUUGGGUUUUUAUUUGGCAGUGAGAUAUUGGAGAGACAAUGUGCAAAAACUGUAGUUUUAUUUCUAUCACAUCUCUGAACACGAUUGCGUUAUUUAAGAGUCAUGUGGUACGGAGAUUGGGUUUUAAACAGCAGGUGUUGCACUGCAGGCUGGGCCACCAGCUUCAGCUCAACAUUCCAUAGGCAUCCACAUAUUUUAGUCUGGUUUCAGUUUAAAUCCAGUCUCUGAGAAAUGCUGCAAAAACUAGAUGUUUAAUGAUAUUUUUUGAUCCCACCACCACCAGCCAAAUAUUUUUCCUCCUUU